UAGCUCGACCCUCUCUCAAGCCAAGCCAACAAUCCAUCCAUCAGAGUGCCUGCCAAUCAAGAAGGAAGUAAUCCAUGGGGAACCUGCAGGGCGAAUCGCUCCCGGACGGCGUGGUGUCGCUGCCGGUGAUCGACCUCUCCCUCGGCCGCGCCGAGGUCGGCCGCGCCAUCCUCAACGCCGGCAAGGAGAUUGGCUUCUUCCAGGUGAUCAACCACGGCAUCUCCGAUGAGGCGAUCCGGGACAUGGAGGCGAUGUGCGAGGAGUACUUCGCGAUGCCGGAGGAGGACCGGCUGUGCUUCCACUCGGAUGACAACGGCAAGCCCAACCGCUUCUUCUCCGGCAGCACCUACGAGACCGGCGGCGCCUGCAAGUACUGGUUCGACUGCCUCCGCCUCACCUCCACCUUCCCCAUCGGCGACAGCAAGGAGGACUGGCCGGAGAAGCCGAAGAGGCUCCGGGAGGUGUUCGGGCGGUUCGCCGAGCUGACGAGGGGCAUGGGGAUGGAGCUGCUCCGGCUGUUGUGCGAGGCAAUGGGGCUCCCGCUUGACUACUUCGAGGGGGGCCUCGGCAACGGCAACAUGGCCAUGACCCUCAACCGCUACCCUGCGUGCCCGGACCCCGGCACGAUGAUAGGGCUGCCACCUCAUUGUGACCGAAACCUGCUCAGCCUCCUCCUCCCCAGCACCGUCCCCGGCCUCCAGUUCUCCUACAACGGCAAGUGGGCCAACGUCGAGACCCUCCCCAACGCCUACAUCGUCAACUUCGGCCUCCCGCUCGAGGUGGUGACGAACGGGGUGCUGAGGAGCAUCGAGCACCAGGUGGUGACGAACCGGACGCAUGCCCGAAGGUCCGUGGGGUUGUUCAUCACGCCGGCGCCGGAUUGCCUCAUCGGGCCGGCCAAGGAGUUCCUCAGCAAGGAGAAACCGGCGCGGUACCGCGCCGUCACGUACGACGAGUUCUACCGCAUGCACAGCGUCGUCAAGCACGGGCUGUCCAGCGUCCUCACCAUCAACGCCGACGGAAGCCACCAUGCAUGAGUUGAGGACUAAUUCAAUCAAAGGUGGCCUGCUUGCUGCCAGCACAUCGAUCUCUGGUUCAUCUUAUCUGCAUUACUCUGAGUUUGUUAUCUUCUGUCUGUUCGAAGGCCGUGCGUGCGUGUGUCGUGCAAGUCAGCUAUUUGCAUCUAGUUUUUUAGCUAGAUGCAAAUAGUGUCUGCAUCUGUGAUGGUAUAAUCGAUCCAUGAAUAAACAAACAAAUCCGUGAAUAAAGGAUGCAUAUAUAUGUCAUGUAUUAUGAUAUAUAAGAUAUGUUUAUUAUCCUGAUAA